AUGGGUGUUUGUAGCGAUAGCAAUACAAGUUUGUUGUUGUUGCUGCUAUUGUUGUCAGUUCUGGUUUCCAAAUCUUCAUCUGAGAAGACCAGAGUGCAAAUAAAGAAUGAUAUUGAAGGUUAUGAAGUUGCAUUGGACAUGCACUGCAUGUCGAACGAUGACGAUCUAGAUCAUCGGUUGCUCCAUCAAGGUGACGAGUGGUAUUGGGAAUUUAAACCAUCUUUUAUUCAUACACACUUUUGGUGUGAGUUUCGUUGGUAUGAUAAUUGGGAUUAUAAUUGGAAAUAUGGCACUUUUGUCGUUUAUGAUAGAAAACCAUUCCACGAUGAAUACUAUAACCUCUGUGGUGACGAUUGCUUGUACUAUGCUCGUCGAGAUGGAUUUUAUGUGUACCAUAGCGUCAGUGACGGAGAUGACUGGGAGAAAAGAGGUGAAUGGCAUAUUGAAUGA